UCGAUGUUUCGCUUUUAUCUUUGGGAUUCUAUCACUUCCAGAGUAUGGACAGAAACAGAAAAAUGUCGACCGUGUUGACUCCUUCUGAAAUGGGACAGACCAAAGCCAACAUAUGCAGCCGCCUGCUGGCUGUGAAACGGAGAUCCUGCAAGACCUACACUCAGAUUGCGGAGGAGACUGGCCUCACCAACGUCUACGUUGCUCAGUUAUUGAGACGCCAGGCCCAACUCAAGCCCGAUACCGCCCCAAAUCUACGAGCUGCACUGCCUGAACUCACUGAUGAUCUGCUUCAGGAGAUGACUAAACCACCCCUGAGGUCCUACGACCCUAACUUGAUCCAAGAACCAACUGUUUACAGGUUGAAUGAAGCAGUUAUGCAUUUUGGUGAAAGCAUAAAGGAAAUUAUCAAUGAGGAGUUUGGUGAUGGCAUCAUGUCGGCCAUAGAUUUCUACUGCUCUGUUGAUAAAGUGAAAGGUCUGGAUGGAAACGAUCGUGUUGUUUUGACAUUUAAUGGGAAGUAUUUGCCAUAUACUGAGCAGAAGUCAGAGCACAUGGCUUCAAGAGUCAAGACUGAGGCGAAUGGAAGUUAAUGAAUCCUGAUGUUGAUGAAUAUGCAAACAAUCCCUUCUCUUCUUUAAUGUGUGUAUGAACUUACUGUAGUAAGUCUUAUCUUAAUUUGUUAAAUGAUAUGUAGGUAUCAACUUGUUGUACUUGGAUUGGGCUACUAGUGAUGGCCAAUAUAAAAUUGUAUCCGUAGUUGUUCAUACUAUGGGCUUAGGAAGGAAUAAAAGGUUGCAGAACUUUGAAUAAA